CUUUACUACUCAAGCGAGUGUCGAAUGUGCGGGGACUGAACUGGGCGCCGCUGGCUGUUGGGUGAUAACUGCUUCCUCCUGGUUUUUUUUUCUUGGUGAAUGCAGUCAAGUUGUUUCGGGAAAUCCAAAUUCCCAUCCAGCUGCGACACGCUGCUUUGAAGAUCAAGAGGAAGGAAAAGAAUUCCCAUCGGCGGGACGACAGGAUGGACACCGCUGUUCUUGCCAAAGUCUGUGGAUUGGCUUCGUCGGGCAUAUUUGCAGGAUACACCUGGGCUCUUUCCCAUGCGGCUGUGCCGGCGAUUCUCUUUGCUCCCGACGCGUUGGCCGCCCGAGAAUGGCGCUACCAGUAUCUCAUGGGCUUUCAUAUUUCUAGGCCCAUGUGCGUGAUCAAUGGCUUGUCGUUUGGGUACCUAGCAUAUCACGCUCCCGAGGGAUCCCUUCUUCGCUAUCUGUACAUCCUCGCUGCCUCGGCGAGUGCGUCGGGCGUACCUUACGCACUGACCUUUCUGCGUCGGACCAACGGCGCUCUGUCGCGAAAAGCCGACCGUCUAGCAGGCCCUGGCGGUGGCGAGAUGGCAUUGACGUACGCUUUCAACGAGAAACGCAGCAUCGACAGAGAUAGGAAGAUGAGCACCGAGGAAGCGAUCAAGCGGUGGCAAUGGCACAAUUAUGUGCGGACUUGGGUUUUGGUGCUGGGCACGGUCGCCGGGGCUUUGGCUGUCGCGAUGGACUGAUGGUUUCGUUGAGGGAGGUGCUGUUCGUCUGUGAUGGUUUUGAUGGUUUUGUUUGGAUGAGCAGUGAUGCUCUGCUUGUGAUGCAUUGUGUUUUCAGAGCGGUCUGGGAGUGAGCGAUUGCCACUGUGUAUUUGUUGUCUAGCGAAGAUGGCAUGGGAUGUCAAUAGUGGGAUAUAAGCAUUCGGCAGCCAAGCCAUGACGAGUGCAUUCUUGGUUCCUAUUACCCUAUCUUUCGAC